GCGCCCUCUACCCAUUGCGCUUUAUCUCGUUCUUCUUUAAGCGCCAAGCGCCCUAUAAGAGAGGCUCACCGCCCUCCGGCGUCCCAUCAGCACUUCCGCCUCGCCUCGCUCCCGCCUCUUACGCCCCCCUAGUCUAGUUAUCUCUACGCAUACCGACUCAAUCAAUCAGCCAUGUCCUCUCGCUCAGCUCGCACCUAUGACUGGCAGCGGCUCGCCUCGCCAGCGCCGUCAAGUACUUCAGGUUCCGGAUCCGGGCCUGGCUCCCAUCACAGCGCUGGAGACCAGUUUCACGGGCUAUACCCGAAUGCCCCGCACCUUAGGCCCAUUGCUCUACCUGAGACAGGUAGUCCAAUGAUAGGCUUUACGAGCCCGGGAUCGUCGUCAUCUUCGCGGUCUCGCCAUGUGUCCCUUCCCCCUGAAGGAACUGGUCUUGGAAUAUAUGGCUUAACUUCAUCCCUGACCUCACCUGAGAGCAUACAGUCCAACGGUCAUAUGGCCGCACCCACCGUCC